AUGUCGAAGCGCGUGUCAAGAACAACAGAGAUGGCAUCAUUAUUCGCACUGAUCUGGGAAGAGGUCACAAAAUGGCUAAUAGCUAAUUUCGUGGUUCUCAGCCUCGGACAGGAAAUAUCUUCCUUUGAAGGCCUGAGCGACUCACAUGCUCAAGUCAUAGACUCUGUGGUCGUCACCGAGUGCUCGGGAGAAGAUAUGGAAUCCGGCGCAUAUAGACUCCAACAAGUUGAACUUGAUGUCCAGGCGUAUCAGCUUCGCGCGGCAUUCGAGCAAGAAAGCUCCCAACAAACCCAACCUUUGGAGGAAUCCAUGGACAGCAAGGACGAAGAUUCAAAAGCAAGGGUACUCAACCUACCAAGCAGAGAGCUGGACGGACUAUGGGAGUCAUUGCUGUUUGACCAGCCGCUUAAAUCUAUGUUGCUUCGUGCAAUCACCAGGAUGGGUGAGGACUUUAAAGAGUGA